AUGUGGGCCCGCACGGGCUGCAACUUCAACGAGUCGGGCCACGGCCCAUGCGAGACGGGCGACUGCAGGGGACAGCUGGCAUGCUGGGGUUCCGGCGGCCGCCCGCCGGCCACAGUGGUGGAGAUGACCCUAGGAACAGCAGCAGACCCAGAAACACACUACUACGACGUGAGCCUUGUGGACGGUUUCAACCUGCCGGCGUCGAUGGUGCCGGCGGCCGGCGGUGCCUGCGGGGUGGCGGCGUGCGAGACGGACGUGAACGCGUACUGCCCGGACAGCCUUGCGGAGAGGGGGCCCGGCGGAAGGGUGGUGGGGUGCAAGAGCGCUUGUGUGGCGACAGGAGCGGAUAAGUACUGCUGCACGGGGGAAUAUGGGAGUGCUCGAGCGUGUAAGCCAACGUCGUUUGCCAACCUGUUCAAGGCGUUGUGCCCGAGGGCGUACAGCUAUGCGUAUGAUGAGGCGGGUGGGCUCAAGACGUGCAGUCGGGCUAAGAGGUAUGUUGUCACGUUUUGCCCGCCUAACUGA